AGAAUUCAAGAGGCAACAUCCACUGAACAGCGAAACGGUCUGAACGGUUCCUCAACAUUGAAGAUGGCCGCGAUAGUGUACUACUACCUGAUUCUCCAAUGUACCUGCUGCAUCCUUGUCUACUCACAUCUUGUUAUUGAAGAAAAACCCCCAGAAACUCCACAGAACAAGAACAUUUCUGAUCUCCACCAAUCCAAGUAUACUGGCAUCACCAUAGUGGAACUGCCAAGUAGCAGAAAAUUUCAUUUCAGAAGAGAGAAUGGAAGAAUAUUUCCCAAUCAACUUGAAAGGGACAAUGGACCAUUGGGCCAUAAGAUGAAGAAACUAAGAGGGUACAAUGGGCAGUGUGUGCAGCUCUGGGGAAUGUGCCUUCCACCUUCUCCACCAUGUUGCAAUCCCUGUGCCUUCUGCCAUUGUCGUUUCUUCAAUACCAUCUGCUACUGCCGGAAGCUGAAUUCCAAAUGCAUGGACAGAACAUAGGCGGUGAACAUACGUAUAAUUAAUGCAAGGUUUCAAAAGUAUACUGUAUAAUAUGCAUGCCUUCACUUUAGCAUUUAAGGGUACCAGUAGAUUCCAAUUAAGAAUUAUCUACAAUCUACCAAUGAACUCUUAUAGGACUUGCACAAUCUUUGAUAUAAACUAGUUGUAGGGAAUUAGAGGUUCACUAAAGUAUUAUUUAACUAAAGACUGAGACAUGGAGGAAUGUGUGCAGAGGAUAUUUUCGUUACUUUCAUCUGCAAUGGUGAGUUUUCUUCUGAUUUUCAUGCAUACACAAUAAAUUUGCA